UCUCGAGGAGAGCGCUAGUUCAAGGCUGCUUCCGGAGAUCCUGCGGCUCGUAAUAUGGCUUGCUCUGUACUCAGUGUUCGUCGGGCUGAACUGCCUUGGGGAGCUGCAGAAGGCCUUCCUUAACCGAGCGACGUUAAGGCAGAUCCAGCGGGAAGUGUUUGAAGAUGGCCCUAAAUUCUGGGUUCCUGUGUGCUGGCGAUCAAAGGAAGAGGGUGACCUACCGGUCUUCCCACGGCGACUUUAGUCCUUCAGCCGUAGCGUUGGCGAUGGUCUCUGGAGACAGCUGCCUCUUGGCCAGACCCCAGGCGGUUCGUCCAAGACCUACUCCUCGGCAGGUGGUACGGCAAAGCAUUCGGAUUGAGAGACUUCAGAGUACUGGUGGAAGCUGGAGCUCACUGCGCUUUGUAAAGGAAGUACACCCUGAUGGGCGGAGCCGAAGCCGAAGCGGUAGAGCGAGAUUUUCGCCUUAUCCGACCCCUGUGUUUAAACGGAAUCUGUUAAGAAGUGUCUGACCGCCUUUGGAGGUGUUAUCGCAGUCAGGCUUUCCGUUUAAAACGAACACCUCCUCAGCCCUUCAAUUAGCUUGUGAACAAGACCUCUCAAAUCCUUUCUUGAUGCAAUCGCAGUCUUAUUUUUAGAAGGAUGUAUUUUCAUUUUAAUAUAAAAAUAUGUGAAAGUCCUGUUAAAAUAGACUAGGACAAAUGAAACUUUUACUAUUGUCAAAUUCAAAUGGUUUAAGCGGCCAGAAUGAUUAGUUUCGGAAGGAGGUAGAUAGUUUUUCUUAGUCACAAAGCCAAACUAUUGGGACCACUGGCCUUGGGUCAACAGUCCUUUUAUUCACCCUAGUGCACUCCAUUCUAACAAUGCCUCCAAAUUUCUCUGCUGUCCACAAGUCUUCCUUCUGUUGAAUUACAAGUCUCAAAGGAGGAGAAUCUACUUUGAGACUUGUAAUUGAGCUUUCUUAACCCCCUACUCUCUACCUCACAUUACUCCCUUUGUUUUUACUUCUGUUGAUGAAAAGGAAAUGCUUCGAUUAUCUCUCUGGUUUAUCUUUCCUCCCUAUGGACCGAUAAUCCUAUUAUCUUGACCUGGACCUUUACACUCUUCCAUCUCCCUCCUUGUUUUAUCAUGAAUAUCUACAAACUUCAGUCUCAACCAUACUAAACCCAAGAGCGAAACCUAAACCUUGCUGCUCUUUCAAAUUAUUAAAUCCAUUUACACUUCUUUCUUUACCAAAGGCUCCAAAUGAAUUUUUUUACUUAUAUUUGUCAUUACUUGCAUUCAAUCCCAGUUUCCUUAACCCAAAUCUGUUGUCCCAAAAUUAACAGAAAUUGGUCUUACAGUAUCCUAUUAGGAAGCUGUCCACCUAUGUACUCAAGCAUCUUUCUUGGACUUUCUUAUUUGUUAAUUCAUUCAGCCAUUCCACAAUAUAUGAAAAUCUCUGUGGUAAUUACACACUGUGGAUGAGCUUGACACAGUCUUGUCAUCAAGGAGAUCGAGGAGUAUACUCUUGGAGAGACUAAUAAAUCAGUAGGUAAUCUCCACACUAGAAUGUUCAUUAGCUGCAGUGAUAAUAAGCACUGGUUGCAAUGGCUUCCAUAAUACGUUGCUAUCAUGUUCUCUUAGCUGGGUUAUUGGCUAAUAUUUUUGUUCUGUUCUAACUAUGCAUUCCUCAAGAGUGGUAUUGGGAGAAAGUUGGUUUUGUAAGGGCCAACUCUUCUUGUCUGUCCAUUAUGUUCAAGCAGCCAAAUUACCACAGAGCACACAGAACUGGAUUGUUAGAACUACCUGGUAAGGAGAAUGUUGUGAGAGGCCUGAAAACCAGGUCAUAGAAAAAUGUUUGAAAGAAUAAGGAUAGCUACUUUUUACUGAAUGUUAUUUGCAAGGCAAUGUGCUAAGGGCUUUUAUUCAGUGUUUAUUCAGAUAUUCAUUGAGAAUUUAUUCUGUGCCUCCUACUUCCCAUGCUAGGCACUUAGAAUAAAGUGAACAAGAUAGAUAAGGUUGUGCUAUAUACAUGUCAUUUUUCACAACAGCUCACAAGAAAUGUAUUAUACUUUAAUUUCUUUAGCUGAGAAAACAGGGCACAAAGAGAUGAAGCUCUGUCCAAGGUCAUUCAGCUAGUAAAGGAUAGAAACUUGCAGCCUUUCAACUUGAGUUUCUCCUUUGAACCAUGUGACCCAAAAUUUUCUCAAUUCUCCCAAGGAUAUACUGUUCUAGAUAUCUAAAAAGAUGUUAGUUUAUAAUCUAUUAUGGAUGUCUUAUGCCGGUCAUUAUGAUAAUCCAUGGUUAAGUGUAGUGGUUAAGUAUAAUAUAAUGUCAUUUUAAAACAUGAAUUUUCUUAAAAGUCCAAAAAUUUAUAUUUCUGUACAUUUUUAAAAACCAUUAUAACUUCCUGUUUGGGGGGGUUUUGCCCCUUAUUUAUUACAUCACACCAAGCAACUGCCCAGCAUGUGUUGAACUGGAGUCCUAUUAGAAUAUUACUUCCUCUACUCAUCAGCACUGAAACUUUUUAAAAUUUAGAAUGCACAUUUGGGAUAUAGAAAAAUAGGAGGCCAGUGAGACUGUUUUCCCUCAGUAGCCAGAUUUGAUGAUAAUCCUAAUUCUAAGGAAGAAAGGAAAGGAGGAAGGAAAGAAAAUCCUACAGGAGGGAAGAGGAAAUAGACCUCUCAUGGCCAAAGAUUCAACUGCCUGGCAAACAAAAUGUAUUAGGUCUUUCAUUCCUUCAAGGUAAAUCUAUGCAGAUCCCACUGAUAUGCAGAUUUUGUCUUUCCAGUUCCCAUGACAAGUAUUCUCAUUUUCCCAGCCACCCAAAUAAAUUUGAAUACCUGUUACUCCAUACCACCCAUUACGUGUGCUCACUGCCUACAUCCAUCACCUGCAAAAAUGCUGCCAUUUUAUCUUCACAAUGUAUUUAUUAUGUUUUUGUAAUAAGUUGCAUUACCUGCGCUGUAUUUAGCCUGUUUUGUUUGCCUUUGUCUCUCUAUACUGUGUCUGUAUAUAGCUUACAGGCUAAUAUUUUUGAUCAUAUAAAUUCUACUCCAGUGAUUCCCAUAGCAUAGUCCACAGAAUCUCCACUAGAUAUGCAAGCUACUCCUUUGGAAAAAAUGUCCAGAGGUCAAUAAAUUUGAAAAUGAUGUAUGUUUUAUCACCUUCUGAGGGAGUCAUGAUUUAUAAUAACAUGUUAAAAGUUCUGGUAAUACCUUUAAAAAAAGAAACCUUUCAUUUGGAUUUUAACCAAGGUUUCACCAAUUUAUUUGUCCAUAAAUUAAAAAUUUUUGUAUACUACCUGUCUUCCUGAGGAAUCUGAGUUCUAAAGAAAUCAUUAGAAAUGCUGCCUACUUAAAAAGCUCCACUUGCUCCUCACUUGAGUUACUAGAAAUGGAUUUGUAUAUAGCACGGCAGAAUUUAGUGCCACUGACUAAAUAGUUAGGUAUCGCAUGUUUUAAAAAUUAUUGCAACACACUAAUUGAAAAUCACCGACUGACUUAGGUGCAUAUAAAUAAUGUACAGAGUUUGCUUAAGGCAAAGAUAAACCUUUUACUACAAGUUAUAUGGCUGGGGUGUGACUACCUACUAUGAACUGGCCAGGGAGGAAUUUCUGAUCAGAUCAGCCCUGCAAGAUUACUUGCCACAGAACCCCUUUUUUGCUUCCACAUAGGCCAAAAGGAAAAAUUGACAGGCUAUUGUAUUGGUACUUAUAUAUAGGUACUUAAGAGAAAAAUUUCCACAAAAUUUGUGCUGAUGAAUUUCAAAAUACAAUAAUCAAUACAAUCUUUUAUGUAAUGUUAAUACUCUUAAAGAGAAGGUAGAGUUCUUUUGGGGGGAGAAUAACAUUUUAAAAAAUAUUUAUAGUUAGUGUUUGCUAUUAUCAAAAUCAAUAGCAGCACUGACUGGUGUGACUCCAUUGGGCAUUGUCCUGCAAAGUGGAAGGUCGCUGGUUGGACUGUGGGUCAGGGCACCUGUCUGGGUUGUGGGCCUGUUCCUGGAUGGGGUGCAUGCAAAAGACAACCGAUAGAUGUUUCUCUCCCUUUGUCCUUCCCUUACCCCUCUCU